AUGGCCUUGCAAGGAAAAGACCUGAUCCUUGCCGCCAUCACAUGUUUCAUUGCUUGGGGCUACGCCAUCAGCUGGGUCCCAACUUUGCGAUGGAUUGGCUACGCUGUGGUCGGCGGAGUGGUCUUGACGAUUGCCGUCUUUCUUGCUUUUAUUCUCCUCAUAUCUCGUGGUCCUAGACGCAGCUUGCGCCAUCGAUCACCCUGCCCGAAUGGUCCUGCCUUCCUCGCGCCUACAGCCUGGGCCAGUGAGGUCGCCAAUCUCCAAAUCCGCCAGGCCUACUCAAAAGUGCCACUCGACCCCGAAUCUCACCGAGUUUCCAAAGCUUUCGAUGACCUUUUCGAGCUGAUAAUUCGAGACUUUGUUAGUUCUUGGUACUCCGGUAUCAGCAAAAAUCCCGUCUUCACCAACCAGGUUGAUAAAGCUGUUCGCGACGCUCUCAUCAGCAUUAGGGAGAGGCUUCUAGAACUUGACCUGGUUGACAUCGUUACCGCACGCGUCGUCCCAAUAUUGACAGCACACUUCCGUGACUUUUACGACGCCGAGCGAUCCGUCCGGGGAAGGAAACUAAAUCGAUCCGUAACGGAAUCAGAAGAGUUGGAUCUAGCAAUCGCCUCCAAGUAUAAAGAUGGAAAACUUCACCCAGCUGCCUCGCUGUCAUUUCCCGACACAAAAAUUGUCCAGCAAGAGUACCUUCGCAACAUGGUUUCCAGAAUUUUGCCCAAGGUUCUCCCGCGGGGUAUGCUUGCUAGCCGCGCUGUUUCAACCAUAAUCCGAGAAGUUGUGGCAUGCGCAGUACUGUUUCCUGUUAUGCAGAUGCUAGCCGAUCCCGAUACAUGGAAUCAAGUAAUGGAGAAUUAUGGUCGUUCUAUGCUGCAAGAUAGAUCGACAGUCCGGAAGCUCAGAGCGGCUUUGGAUCAGCACGCCUCACCAACGCCAAGGGUAGGCAAAGCAGCAAUCAUCCCUCGCCUUUCACCUACCGACAGUGAACGAAAGUUUGAGAAGUUCAUCCGCGCCAUCAGAAAAGUCAAUAAUCUAUCAGAUGCACGGCGUUUGCGGAGCGAGGUCGCCAGUCAAUUAAAGCGAGACUCGCUGGAGGAGAAUCAAGAUCAAGUGUAUCUUCGUAGGUUGGAGAUGGGGAAGAGGCUUUUGGACCAGCGCGUUCAGGUGCUUGCAGCAGGAGGUGGACAACGAAGUGCAACUGCUUUGUCCUCUCAACCAGCAGGCACUACUAAGACUGUUUCGAAGCUCGAGAACGCGUCCCUAGUAGAGCUUCUCAGAGAUGCUUCAGGCUUGUCAUACUUCAUGGAAUUCAUGGAUCGUCAUCGUAUGAUGCCUCUUGUUCAAUUCUGGUUGGUCGUUGAUGGCUUUCGUAAUCCGCUCGAAGAUGAAGGUCAAGAUGAUGAGCAGUUGCCCUCCAAUUUACCGAUGUGGUCUGAUUCUGAUCGCCUAGACUUGGCUCAGAUCGAUCAUGCGUACUUGGCUAAGGCAGAGUUGAAGGUAUCACAGUCCACUCGAGACGAAGUCCGAGCUUUCUUAAAUGCUGGUAAGGCAGCAACCCCGGAGCAAUACUACAAAGCUCGGCGGGCCAUUUUGAGAGCGCAGACGGCCGUGUUGGAAAGAAUGCAAGCACAGUACUUCCAGUCCUUCAAAAAGUCCGAUCUUUUUUACAAAUGUUUAGCAGCACAGGAGGCAUCGACAGCUGCUGUUCCAAUAUCUGUCAUAGAGUCAUCAUCAUUACAAGCCCACCCGUCCAUAAGCCGAAGUUCUCAGACGUACCAGCCCAGACCCAACGCGGUGAGCAGGUUAGCACCAAGACCACCACGUCCUAUGGCAAAGCGUGCUGGGUCUACGUCGGAUCUAGGAAGUCUCAACGUUCACGGCAACGGUCUCGAUUCGACGAUGGCACAGCGGCACUCCUUGGAUGAUGAGUCCCCAAACCCUCUAUUUGAUGAUGACGACCUUGAACCUGAUGCAAUGAUGGAUUCGGUUCAAAGUCUCGAUCAAGAUGUCGGCAGCCCUGUCCCCGAUACGAAUGUUGUGCAGGCCAUGGAAGAGGCUCUAAAUAACAUUAUGGAAGACAAUAGACCUCAAACGGCUGCAGAGUUUCGAGCGUCACUCUUUGGGGCAGAUGAUGCAGGAUCAAGUCUAUUCUCUGGAGAUAACGAUUCUCAGCGAGGGUCGCUCGAGGUGGCAAGACCUGCACAGUCAUCCAAGGAGGUCGAGAAGCCAAGCUUGUCAUCUCUAGGCCUCGUAAGCGCCGCUUCUCGCAUUGGCGUAUUUAUCGACGAUGAUUUGUUUGGUGACGAGGAUAAGUACCUUUCGGACGAACAAGACGAAAAUGGAGAAUUGAAUAAGGGUGAUGUGGAGGACGAGGUCCAUGAAGCUGCGCCUGGCGAUCUCGGCUUGGCAGAAGCCAUUACAGCGCUGUCCAAUGAUAUUGACCGUCUCGUUGCACAAGAUGCUGUCGUCGACUCGCUUACGAAGAAGGCCGUACUCACCAACAAUACAGCCGAACUUCGGAUACUUCGGAAAUCCAAGGCAAGCCUUCAGCGCGAAAUUCGUCGCAAAGAGUUGCAAAGGCAGCAAUACGUCGUGCAAGAGAGCGACAACAGCCUAUACGGUCGCUCCACAAUCAAGAUCAAAGCCAUCCAGGUAGGCCGUGAGGAUGACGGCAGAGAGUUUGCUUUAUAUGUGAUUGAAGUUCAGAGAGAUGCUGGAGAGAAAAUGCCAGCAGCCACAUGGAUCAUCACUCGCCGGUACAGCGAAUUCCACGAAUUACAUCAAAAACUUCGUUCAAGGUAUCCUUCUGUUCGCAACCUUGAUUUUCCUAGGAGACGAAUGGUCAUGAAGUUUCAAAGCGAAUUUCUGCGCAAGCGACGUGCUGCGCUCGAGCAGUAUCUACGUGAGCUGUUAAUGCUGCCUGAAGUGUGCCGCAGUCGAGACCUUCGAGCAUUCUUGUCACAGAGUGUGAUUGCUCAAGGCCAAGACCUAGUGGAUCGUGAGGACAAGAAGGACAUGAUCACGCGGCUAUACGAUUCUGUUACGGACGGCGUAGAAGACAUUCUCGGUAAUAUCCCAGUCUUGGACCAACUUUCACUUGCUGGCCAGAACCUGAUUGCGGCAGCCACCAAUCAGCUGAAUUCCAUGCCACUCCCCGUCAAUGAAGACGGAGUCAAUGCUGCCGAGGCUGAGGCUGAGCUCAAUGCCUUUGAGAAUAAGGAACUUGAGUCUUUUAUUAAGCCUAUUUGUGACAUCUUCUUAGAAGUUUUCGAGCUCAAUCGAGGCAACAACUGGCUGCGUGGAAGAGCAGUAGUUGUGGUUCUCCAGCAACUCUUGGGCGGCACCAUUGAACGUAAAGUCCGAGACAAUGUCAAAAUGCUAGUUCAAGAAGAUGCGAUUUUGAAGUACAUUGCUCUUCUUCGGGACAGUAUGUGGCCUGGCGGGCAAAUGAACAAGAACAAACAGCCCAGGACAGCAUCGGAGAAGAAGAAGACACGUACGGAAGCUAGUUUGAUGUUGGCAACUCUCGUGCCAGACCUGGCAGGCAGCGUGGUUGGCCGAGUGAAUGCUCAGGCAGCCAGUCGUCGCGUUUUCGCAACCUUUAACAACUCGAGACUUAAGUGCGCACCUAGCAUUUACGUUCAUUGA